AUGGACGCAUCGGCGACGACGCAGAAGCGCAAGUGCCCCGACAAGGAGGAGACGGCCGGCAUGUGCGCCAACGGCUGCGGCUUCUUCGGCGCCGCAGCCACCGGCAACAUGUGCUCCAAGUGCUACCUGGACCACGUCACCAUCGGCACCGCUAACACCGUGGCCACCUCGACCGGGCCUCCGGUGAAGAAGGCCAGGAUGAUCGUCGCCGUCCCGUCCUCUGAUGGUGCGGCCGCCUCCUCCACCGCCGCCGCAGUUGACUCCUCCGUGACGUCCGUGAAGCAGCCGGCCGUGGCGGCGAACCGGUGCGCGACGUGCCGCAAGAAGGUGGGGCUGCUGGGGUUCCGAUGCCGCUGCGAGGGCACCUUCUGCAGUGUCCACCGCUACUCGGAGAAGCACGACUGCGGAUUCGACUACAAGACCGCCGGCCAGGAGCAAAUCGCCAAGCACAACCCAGUCGUGGUUGCGGACAAGAUCACCCGAAGGAUCUGA